CAUAUUUUAGCAGGAUGGACAGUAUAAUAGCGAUACUGCUGGCAAUAGCCAUUUGUUGGAAAGGUAUUGAUGGUCAGACUUUGACAGAAUCUGAACCAGCAGUAAAAAGACCAGGAGAAUCUCACAAGCUGACCUGUACAACAUCUGGAAUCUCAUUCAGCAGCUCCUGGAUGGCCUGGAUCAGACAGGCUCCUGGGAAAGGACUGGAGUGGAUAGCAAUUAUUGAAUAUGACAGUGAUAGGAUAUACUACUCACAGUCAGUCCAAGGCCGAUUCACCAUUUCAAGAGAUGAUUCCAGAAGUCAACUCUUUCUGCAAAUGGACAGCUUGAAGACUGAAGAUACAGCAGUGUAUUACUGUGCCAGGUUUUGGUGGUUAUGUGAUGCUUUUGACUACUGGGGUAAAGGGACUGAAGUCACAGUAUCUUCAGAUGAAACUGCAGCUCCAUCUCUGUUUCCAGUAAAUCCAUGUAAUUCUGAGAGUGGAGAUACAGUCACUCUUGGCUGUCUGGCCCAGGACUUCUAUCCAAAAACUGCUACAUUCCAGUGGACCAGUCCCAGCAACACUAAAGUGGAUUCUCAGCAGUAUAUUUUUCCUCAGCAAAACGCCAGAUUCACUGAAGUCAGUGUGAUCAGUGUGCCAAGGGAAAAUGGUUUGUCCUACACUUGUUCUGUCACUCAUCCAGCAGGAAACAAAAGUGUCUCAGUGAAAGGUGCUUCCUCUCCUCCCAGUGUAACAUUGCUCUCACAGUCAGAUGGAGAGAAACGGGUCUUGUUCUGUUUCAUUGAAAACCUUACCACCAAACAAGUUUCAUUCAGUUGGAAGAAAAACAACAACAAUGUGGGUAACUUCAAAAAUUUGGAUCCCACGAAAGAUGAUGCUGCUGCCAGCAUCUUAAACGUUAACGAAGCAGACUGGGACAGUGAGGCUGUUUACACCUGUGAGGUGACUCACGCAGGAAAAACUUACAUAAAAAAGGCCUCAAAAGAGACGUUUACAGUUACACUGAACCCUCCGAGUCCUAAAGCGAUGUUUGUCAAUAAACAAGCAGAGCUAAAAUGUGUCGUUACUGGACUGGAUGGUGCUGCUGUAUCUAAUACUAAAAUCAACUGGUUCAUUAAUGAUCAGCCAGUGGCCGAUAAUAUUAUCGAAACUAAUGAUGCACAAAGUAAAAGCAGUACAUUAAUUCGAAACUUUAAUGAUUGGAAGAAAGUUAACAAAGUGAAGUGUGAUGCCACGAGAGAAAACACGGCACCAAUUACGAAGAGUCUUGAUGUCAACAGAGGUACGGCAACGCCCGACGUUCAAGUCCUCAAGCUUUCAGAAAACACAGGGGAAGUCACUCUGGUGUGUCUAGUCACCAGUCAAGUGCAACAAGAUUACUAUAUCGCCUGGUUAGAAGCUUCUGGAAACAAUCCUGGAACAUACAAUGAUGGCCACAACUUGUCCUCACAGAAGCUCACAAAUGGUUACCUAGUUUCAAGCUUUUACACCAUCAGCAAGGCUAACUGGAACAAAAACAAGUUCAGCUGCAAUGUUUGGCCUGCUCAUAGUAAUGACAAAAUGAAACCUCACGAGCUGUCGAGUUCCUCGGACUCAAAUGAGACAUUUGCCUUUAGUUGCAUAGAUAAUCUCUCUGAAGGAGAUGACUCCGACGGCUUGUGGUCCACAACCUCUUCCUUCAUCUUCCUCUUCAUCUUCUCUCUCACCUAUAACAUGAUUUUCAUUCUUGUUCAGGUGAAGAAAUAAUAACGGUGCAAAACAAAAAAAGAAUGACCGCAGAAUAUCUACAAGAUAUGUUUCAUAUACUUUUUAUAAUGUAUGAAAUGUUUGAAAACUUUCAAUAUUCUGGCUACUUUUUAGAAAAUCCUUAUUAUUACCUAUAUAGAGAAAUAAACCAUAAUUUUGUUUUCAAUGUACAUAGCAGGUGUUUUCAUGAUCUUGAGAAUAAACAUUUUAAAAUCAGUGCUCAGUGCUACUUCAUUCUGUAAUGAAAUGGCAAUUAUGUUAACAAUGCUUAAAUUUUUCUUUGCUUUCACUCAAAGACAACUUUUUCUCGCUUGAGUGCGUCCCUUCUUCUCAUGUGUUUAUUCUGUCAGUUAAGGGUUGAUGUCUCAGGGGUUUUGUAAAUAAAAUUAAUGGACAGAAGCUUGAAUGUGUUUCCGUACCUCUGGGACCGCAGCUUAAACUUCGGUGAAACUGUCAAAAUUAAACUUCCUGGAAAGAACAUCUGUCAACCGCGGUAUAUUUGCA